AAUAUAAAUGACAGCAAUAAGGGAACUCAAGCAAUGGGAGCAAGUCAUUCGGAUGACAAUUUUUCAGCUUCAACAUCUGCAAUGAAAUAUUCUUCAUUACUUACUAUUUUGGUCCUGAUGCAAAUCAAAGGCUUGGAUGGCUCAAUGCAUUCCAUUCUUCCCAGGGCUGUGGAUGAUACUCCGCCACACAGCAGUGUUGGGAGUUGUUAUACGUGGGGCCGAGGAGCGUUCAGAACUUUCCAGGAUGACUUUUUUUAUUUCACAUCCAAAUGCAACUUCAUACUGAGCCGUCAGUGUAAAGGUCCUGCAGAGGAUUUUAACAUCCAGAUUCGCAGGGGUGCAAAUGGCAACCUGGUACACAUCCACAUGCUGAUCGAAGGUGUCUCUGUUAUUACAGAGAAUGAAACAGUUAGAGUCAAAGAUUUUACUAUAAAACUGCCGUAUGAUGAUAAGAUCAUAGCUAUCCAGAAAUAUGGCAUUUACACAAGAAUUUCCAACAGGAAGCAUACAAUAUCUGUCAUCUGGAAUCAUCGGGAUUCAUUGUCGAUAACCCUUGAUACGAAAUAUAAAAGUCAAACUUGUGGCCUUUGUGGGAAUUUUCAAGAAGGAACUGGAACCAAUACUGAUUCUGACAAUGCUGUAUAUAACAUCAUGGUUGCGAAUCAGCUGGAUGUUCUGGGUCAAGUAUGUGUUAAUGACCAACCUUCAAGUUCAAGAUGUUCAGCAGCUAAUAGCUGUAUCUACCCAAUUUCGAUGUACUUUUCAACAUGCUUUGCGAAUCCCACCUUCGCCAAUAAGUAUUUAAAAUUAUGCCAAAAGGAUGUAUGUGCUUGUGGAAAUAAGGAAGAGUGUGCAUGUGCCACAUUCGAAGAGCUUUCACGGCAAUGUACAAAUCUACCUGUAACAAGCAAUGAUGAAGAUUACAUCUAUGGAAUAGACUGGAAAGAAUGGAGAUCAAAAGUUAGAUGUGUAAGUCCUGAUUGUCCUGAAAAUCAGUUCUACCAGGAAUGUGGUGCCGCAUGUGUCCCAACCUGCUCUGACCCAGAAACACAGCAACAAUGUGAUCAAUGUGUGAAUACCUGUGAAUGUCCAGAAGACACUGUCCUUGAUGAUGUGAGAGACACAGGCAAGUGCAUCUACAAAACAGCAUGUCCUUGUGAAUAUGGUGGACUGAUUUACAACUCUGGACAAAUUCGAAACAUGUCCUGCCAUUCAUGUGUUUGUCAGAGCGGAAUGUGGGAAUGCUUGGAUAUCAGUUGCCCUGGAAGAUGCAAAAUUGAAGAAGGAACCCAUUUUACGACAUUUGAUAAUAAAUAUUACACAUUGAAUGGAGAUUGUCUCUACUACGCUGUUGUUACAAAAGCUUGGACUGUGAAAGUUGAGCUGCGGCCAUGUCAGAUCGCAUUUAAACAAACAUGUUUACAGCACGUGGUGCUCACCCACAAUCAGACCUCAUAUACAUUCAGUAAUGAUGGCAAUGUUUAUUCUGAAGGGAAUAAAGUUGGACUUCCCCUAGCAAAAGGUGAUGUGAUAAUAUUUCAACAGUCCUCAAUGUUCAUUCAAGUAGCAAUUGGUUCAGGUAUGAAGAUGCAAAUACAGAUAUCUCCCAUCAUGCAGCUUUAUAUCUCACUGCCUGAAGCUGCCCAGGGAAGUACAAAAGGGCUAUGUGGCACUUUCAAUGACAAUGCAAAUGAUGACUUCCUAUCUGCACAUAACAUUGUGGAAGAUGCACCUCUCACUUUUGCUAAUUCCUGGGAAGCUGAAAGCCAUUGCACUGGAACACUAAUAUUUGAUCCAUGCAUUAGUUCAGAUAAUGAACACUAUGCCAAGCUGCAUUGUUCCUAUUUAAAAGGUCCAAUGGAUGCUUUUGCUGUGUGUCACUCAACAGUGGAUUACAUGAAAUAUUAUCAAAUGUGCGUAGCUGCCACCUGUGCCUGUGAGAACAUCAAUGACUGUCUGUGUGCAGGAUUGGGAGCAUACGUUCAUGAGUGUGCAGCUCAUGGUGUCAUUAUCAGAAACUGGAGAAAAGACAUCUGCAAUAACUCAUGCAGUUACUCUCAGGUUUUUGAGAAUGACAUGAGAGCGUGUAACCGUACCUGUAGAUCAUUAUCAGAGACUGAUUAUACAUGUAGUGUUCAGGAUGUUCCGGUUUAUGGUUGUGGCUGUCCCAAGGGAAAGUACAUGGAUGAAAGCGGAGUCUGUGUGGACAGCUCUGACUGCCCGUGUUAUGCUGCAGGGCUACUUUUGGAAAAAGGGCAGAGUAUUAAUUUGCACGGCCGAUCUUGCGUUUGCCAAGAUGGAAGACUUCAUUGCUCCCCAGUAACUACAACCUCCCGGCCUCCAGAUUGUCCGCAUGGGAAAGUGAUCAUUAAUUGUAAAAAUGAAGGUGCCCCUUCCACUGAAUACUCGUGUGAGAGAACGUGUCGAACUCUAAACACACCAUGCAGUCCAUGUGUUCCUGGCUGCUUCUGUCCACCUGGUCUUGUGGAAGACAAUGAUGGAAACUGCAUUCGUCAUGAAAACUGCCCUUGUUUAUUUCAUGGUGAAUUUUACAGAAAUGGCAGAGAAAUUCAAAGAGAUUGUAAUAAAUGCAUAUGCCAGGGCGGGACAUGGAACUGUACCGAUAAGGAAUGCCCAAAGACCUGUGAAGUUUAUGGUGACGGCCACUAUGUAACUUUUGAUGGAAGAAGAUACGUCUACGAAGGAAACUGUGAAUAUAUUUUCGUUGAGGACCAAUGUAAUCGUCGAAAAGGCACAUUCCAAAUACUGAUUGAAAGUGUUCCCUGUUGUGAAAGGGGAAUGACUUGUUCAAGAAAUAUCAGGAUUUUAUUUGAGGGUAAGGAACUCAUUCUAACUGAUAACCAUGUGGAAACAAUUGAGAAGUUUACAAGUCAAACCCAGUGCCCAAAUGAGUUUUAUUCUCGCCACACCGUUGGGCUGUAUUUGAUCCUGAAAUUUUCUCAUGGAAUCACCGUGAUAUGGGACAAAAGCACAAGGUUUUCAAUCACAUUGGAUUCAAGAUGGAAAAACAAUGUGUGUGGUCUGUGUGGGAAUUUCAAUGAUGAUGUUUCAGAUGAUCUGACAACAAAAGGCAACUCCUUGGUGACCAGCGCAGUGGAAUUUGGAAAUAGUUGGAAAUCUAUGACCUGCUCAGAUACAGUCAAUCAAACAUCACCAUGUGAUAGAAACCCUUAUUGUUUAGCAUGGGCACAGAGGAAGUGUGGCAUAAUUAAAAAUGUUGUGUUUCAAGCAUGCCAUGGAAAGGUUGACCCAACUCCAUUCUAUGAUGCCUGUGUCCAGGAGGCUUGUGCCUGUGAUUUGGAAGGGAAAUACCUGGGCUUCUGUACCGCUGUAGCAGUGUAUGCUGAAGCUUGCAAUAAAGCUGGUGUUUGUGUUGACUGGAGAACACCAGAACGAUGUCCUGUGUAUUGUGAUUAUUAUAACACACCUGGUGAAUGCAGCUGGCACUAUCAGCCAUGUGGAACAUUAACAACAAAAACAUGCUCAGAACAUAGCAUUGGAAAGAAGUACUCUGCAAUUCUUGAAGGUUGUUAUGCAAACUGUCCAGAGAAUGCUCCUUACCUGGAUGAAAACAAAAUGAAGUGUGUGAACAUGUCUGAUUGCACUUGUCAUUAUAAUGGAAAAAUACUGGAACCCGGUGAACAAAGCAAUGACUGCAGUAGUUGUACCUGCAUGAAUGGAAAAAUUUCCUGUACAGAAAUCUGUGAAGGCGAAUGGUCUCUGUGGUUCAACGAAAACACACCAACUCUGCAAAACAGAGCAGACACUGAGUUAUUAAAUCAAAUGUCCAGUCCUCCAUGUCCAUUCUCUCCCCAUCAAAUUACAGCCAUUCAGUGUGAGGCUCUCAAAUUUCCCCAGCGCCCGAUAAGUGAGAUGAAAGAUUAUGUGACAUGCGAGAAAGAAACAGGACUCAUUUGUACCUAUAAUAAUCAGACAUCCGAAAAUAGUUUAAUGUGUUUGGACUACAGAAUAAGAGUUUGCUGUCAGCAUCCCACACCAAGUACAAGACCUAAUCCACACACAUUAGCAAACACCACAACUGCCACAGUUCCAUCCACACCCACAUCCACAUCUAUCACAGUUCCAUCCACACCCACAUCCACAUCUACCGCUGUUCCAUCAACACCAACAUCCACAUCUACUACAGUUCCAUCAACACCCACAUCCACAUCCACCGCUGUUCCAUCAACACCCACAUCCACAUCUACCACUGUCCCAUCCACACCCACAUCUACCGCUGUUCCAUCAACACCCACAUCCACAUCUACUACAGUUCCAUCAACACCCACAUCCACAUCUACCGCUGUUCCAUCAACACCCACAUCCACAUCCACCGCUGUUCCAUCAACACCCACAUCCACAUCCACCGCUGUUCCAUCAACACCCACAUCCACAUCUACCGCUGUUCCAUCCACACCCACAUCCACAUCUACCGCUGUUCCAUCAACACCCACAUCCACAUCUACCGCUGUUCCAUCAACACCCACAUCCACAUCUACUACAGUUCCAUCAACGCCCACAUCCACCUCUACCGCUGUUCCAUCAACACCCACAUCCACAUCUACUACAGUUCCAUCAACGCCCACAUCCACCUCUACCGCUGUUCCAUCAACACCCACAUCCACAUCUACCGCUGUUCCAUCAACACCCACAUCCACAUCUACUACAGUUCCAUCAACACCCACAUCCACAUCUACCGCUGUUCCAUCAACACCCACAUCCACAUCUACCGCUGUCCCAUCAACACCCACAACCACAUCUACCGCUGUCCCAUCCACACCCACAUCCACAUCUACCGCUGUUCCAUCAACACCCACAUCCACAUCUACCGCUGUUCCAUCAACACCCACAUCCACAUCUACUACAGUUCCAUCAACGCCCACAUCCACCUCUACCGCUGUUCCAUCAACACCCACAUCCACAUCUACCGCUGUUCCAUCAACACCCACAUCCACAUCUACUACAGUUCCAUCAACACCCACAUCCACAUCUACCGCUGUUCCAUCAACACCCACAUCCACAUCUACCGCUGUCCCAUCAACACCCACAUCCACAUCUACCGCUGUCCCAUCCACACCCACAUCCACAUCUACCGCUGUUCCAUCAACACCCACAUCCACAUCUACUACAGUUCCAUCAACACCCACAUCCACAUCUACCACUGUUCCAUCAACACCCACAUCCACAUCUACCGCUGUUCCAUCAACACCCACAUCCACAUCUACCGCUGUUCCAUCAACACCCAGAUCCACAUCUACCGCUGUUCCAUCAACACCCACAUCCACAUCUACCGCUGUUCCAACAACACCCACAUCCACAUCUACCGCUGUUCCAUCCACACCCACAUCCACAUCUACCGCUGUUCCAUCAACACCCACAUCCACAUCUACUACAGUUCCAUCAACACCCACAUCCACAUCCACAUCUACCGCUGUUCCAUCCACACCCACAUCCACAUCUACCGCUGUUCCAUCCACACCCACAUUCACAUCUACCGCUGUUCCAUCAACACCCACAUCCAUAUCCACCGCUGUUCCAUCAACACCCACAUCCACAUCCACCGCUGUUCCAUCAACACCCACAUCCACAUCUUCCGCUGUUCCAUCAACACCCACAUCCACAUCUACCGCUGUUCCAUCCACACCCACAUCCACAUCUACCGCUGUUCCAUCAACACCCACAUCCACAUCUACCGCUGUUCCAUCAACACCCACAUCCACCACAAUUCCAACAACACCCACAUCCACAUCUACCGCAGUUCCAUCAAUAACAUCCACAGUGACAAACAUGACAAAAUUGACCAGAACUACUCUCUCAGAAACAACAAUUCACACAACACAAUGUUUACCAGAUCAGAAGCCCACGUGUCCAAAAUCUGCAAUGUUUCUUGAUGAAAAUGGAUGUGAGAAAUGGUAUUGUUAUUGCCAAUGUCAAGUCUGGGGAGACCCCCACUAUCUCACUUUUGGUGGUACACAGUAUGAUUUCUUCGAUAAUUGCACAUAUACGCUUGUUGAAGAACGAGUUCCCAAAUACAAUUUCUCAGUUCUGGUCGAUAAUUAUUAUUGUUUUGAGGGCCUGCCCAUGUCUUGCGUGAGAGGGAUAGUCAUGUUUUACAAUGAAAGUGUUGUAACUGUUACAACUGGGAGUCAGCAUCUGAUAACUUUUGAUGGAGACAAUGUGGCUGCUCCCUAUAGUUUGAAUGGAAUUGACAUAUAUUCUAAACAGCAGACUGUAUAUAUUUCUAUUCCUGAAAUACAAGCUAUCAUAAUUUCUUUUGGAGAUUCCUUUCAAAUUAGAUUAUCACAUCUCUACUUUCUGAACAAUACUCAAGGACAGUGCGGCUCUUGCUUGGAUGACGUUGAUGACUGUCUGAAAAGGGAUAGGGAGGUGAUGCCAAAAUAUUGCUGCCACAUUGCUGCAAAUGACUGGAAGGUUCCUGACCCAAAUAAGCCAUACUGUCAAUUAACUCCGACAAAUCUUGAGUGCCCUGGUCCAGAAACUCCCUCUCCAACAUGUCCACCGGAAAAAACAGUUUGUGAACUACUUUUGGAAAAACCAUUUGAAGAUUGCAGAAAACUCUACAGUGAAGAAAUUGAUCGCUAUUACCACACUUGUCUCUUUGACCAUUGCCAUACAAACUCAACAAAAUUUGAUUGUUCCAGCCUGCAAGCUGCUGCCAUUGCUUGUAAUGAUAGAGGUGUAUGUGUAGACUGGAGAAACUUUACAAACGGAUAUUGCAAUUAUACCUGCCCUGGAGGUUUCAUUUAUAAGGCUUGUGAAACUCAGGAUAAUGAUCAGUGUGAGAAUAACACGCUGAUUCCUGGCCAGAAAUUAUAUCCUUUGUCAGAAAGCUGCUUUUGCCCAAAAGGAAUGAUACUUUCUGAAAACAAGACUUCAUGUGUUACCUCAUGUGAAGUUUGCAUUGACAAUUCAGGAAAUCCUAGAGAAGAAGGAGAAAGAUGGUCUCAUCCCACAAAUUCAUGUACCAUCUUCAUGUGCUUGAAUUCUCAAGUUGUAAUUACAGAAAGACCAUGCUGUUGUAAGAACGAAAGUUUCUGGGAGGAAGAUUACUGCUCAUAUUGGUGUCGCAAUGAAACCUUUGGUGAAUGUAAAAUGUCAUUUACUUCCAAAUAUAUCAUAACUGAAAAUUCAAGCUGUUCAGCAGAAGUUACAAUGACAAAAUGUGAAGGGAACUGUCCUGGACGUUUUGAAUUUGACACUGUUACAAACUCCAUGAUAAAUGAGUGCAGCUGCUGCCAACCUACAAAUAUUCAGAAUAUGACAGUGAAUCUUAAAUGUGAAGAUGGAGGCAACAUACCAUAUACCUAUGCUUACAUUACGGCAUGCAAGUGCAUCGGCAACACUUGUAACAGCCCAUUCUCUGUCUAAUUUUUCUUUGUUGUUGGGUGCAGCCCUAAGUGUGCAACUCCAUAUGUUUCCAUUUGUGUGGCGACAAACACCCCUUUCAUGUAAGCAGGUGGUUUGUACUUAGGUUGCCCACAAACCUGGCGCUUACUGUGCAGUCUCAUAGUCCUGAUAGAACACUGAUUCUACCAAUAAACCUGCAUUUUAAAAAAACUUAUUGCUCUCCAAAACUAAAAUUAAAUCAAGCUUUCAGUUCUCAUCAUAAUGAUUUUCUUUGUGUACCACUUGUCAGCAAGAAAUGCCUUGGUAGAAAUGUUACAGAACUGCUUUUUAUUAAGGUAUAGGGGGAUUUUGCAAUAUUUCUAUCGUACCUUAUAAACUACUGAGAAAUUAAAACCAACAAUUGCAUACAAUUAAUUCACCUAUGAAGUCAGUUAUUUCAAAAUGUGAUUAAUUUUGAAAAACAUAUCAGGCAUAAGUUCUCUGAAGCUCACCUUGAGCAGAACGUAGACUGCAUUUUCUAGCCAAAGAAAACAUCUAAUAAACUUGCGUGUCAUAGCAGAUCAUUCAGCCCAUUGAGUCCACACUGACCCUCGAAAGAGCUUCCCACCCAGAUGCACCACACCUAUCUCUGUAACCCCACAUCCACCAUAGCCAACCCACACACCCCUGGACACUAUGGGCACUGUAGCAUGGUCAGUUCACCCAACCCGUAUAUCUUUGGACAAUAGCAAGAAAUCAGAGCACAACCACGCAGGCAGAGGGAGAACGUUCAAAUGCCACAUAGUCAUCCAAGGGUGGAAUCAAACCCGGGUCACUGGUGCCGAGACAGCAAUGCUAGCCACAGUGCUGCCCCACAUAGGUGGGCUGAUCCUUCACUGCACACCACUUUAAACUGUGAUAAACAAAUGACAAAACUCUGGUGGCAUCAUGUGAUUUGUGAUUAGGCAUUAUUCUAUUGCCUGUGGUUAAUAACAAUAUGGUGUAAUAUUUCAAUGGGACAAAUCAGUGAAAAAUUGGUUCAGUAAUGUUGUACUGCCUCUAGGCAAACUUAGAAUGUAUAUCUCUAUCAAAAAAUAUAGGAAGAAUCUGCACCAUUUUUUUCAAGUAAGAUGACAACAAAUAUUAAACUUUUGACAACCGUAUUAAACUGGGGAUUUUACAGCUUUAAAAGGAGGUGGUACUCGGAAAACCCCUCAGGUCUAAAAGUCGACUGAGAAAUUCCAAAGUGUAGUUGUGAUUUUUUGUGCAUCAGACACACGGCUGACGAAGAUAAUACACAUCUGUUAUUCUAACACAUUGCCUGUGAUUCUACAAUGAACCAGUUGUAACAGGCCAUAUUAGAUUUAAUAAUGAGUAAUGAGUCAGAUUCAGAUAAUUGCUUAACUGUAUGUGAAAGACUGACAUUUAUAAAGUAGCUUC